AUGACAAUACCUUAUAAUUUAAAUCUAAACUGGGUUUCACCAAUUAUCACUGCUUUGUCAAUGUCAACAAGCCCAUCUAUUUUAAAUUUAACCUCAGAUUUAUCACAUUCAAUAUCAUCUUCACAAAUAGUAACAUCAUCAUCAUCACCAUCAUCAUCAUUAUUAAUGUCAUAUUUCCCACAAAUAGCAACAAAAGUAAGAGCUUCAUCAUGUUUUCCAUUUGGACGUCGAUCAGACAAUGUAUCAUUAUUAUCCCCUACUUAUCCACAGAUAAAUAUAAAUACUGAUAAUUUGAUCAAUCAUGAUCAAGAUGAUGAGAAACCGUUAGAUUUAACUUUGAAAUCAUUUACAACAAUAAAAUCAGAUGAAUUAACUAAGAAAAAGUUGAAUAAUCAAAAUUCUGAAAUUCCUUGUAGACGGAAAUCAAAUAGGACACGUACACAAACAAAAGCAACAUCAUCCACAACUAUGAAGAUAAUAAACACUUCAGAGAAACUCAAUCCAACAAAUCAAAAUACUCAGACAAAUCGUCAAGUUGAAAUAAUUCAACAAUCAGAAAGUAUCACAUCCUCAUCUAUAAAUAAUAAUAGUAAUAAUAAUAAUAAUAAUAAUAAUAAUAAUAAUAAUAUAAAUGGUGCAGAAUUAUGCCAGAAUAAUUGGAUUACAGAUAUUCAAGAUUCAAUACAAAUAAAUGAAUCUGAUCAGAAACGUCCAAGAUCAACAUCUAGUCGUAGACCAUUUAAAGCAUUUGGUAACACAGUUCCAUCAAUUUCUACAGAACUUUUAUUGAAAUCUUCUAGACUUAUUGAUCCCUUAUUAUUAGUUAAUACUAUUGAUAAAUCUGAAACCGAUGAUGAUCAUUCCAAAUCUAUGGAACAUAAUAAUACACCACCUCUUUCACCAACAUCAGUAAUUUCUACUCCUACAACAAAUGGGAAUAAUUCUAAACGAAAAUCAACGGUUAAAAUAAAAUCACGGAGAUCUCAAAGUGCUUCAGCAAUUGUGUUAAUACCAUUCAAUCAAACUGAAAAUACUAAUGAUAAUAAUAAAAACAUAACAAUUGACGAGACAUUAUCUACAACAAAAUCUUUAGAAACUCUUUGUAAACUCGACAAACCUGUUGAUUUACUCACAACAACAACAACAACAACAACAACGGCACAAUCAAUCAGAUCUAUUUCAUCAACACCUAGUUGUUAUUCCAGUUAUUCUGAAUUAAUCGAUGCCAAUCAUAAUAAUAAUAAUAAUAAUGAUUCAACAAAUAUUAAACAUACUGAUUGUAAUCCACGUAUGAGACGUUUCCCAGAAAUGACACCAUCUGAAGUAAAAGAUAAAGCAUAUUGGGAGAAACGAGUUAAAAAUAAUGAAGCUGCUAGACGUUCACGUAGAGCAAGAAAAACUAAAGAAUUAAGUUUAAAAAAAUAUGCUGAUAAUUUAGAAAAAGUAAAUUUAAAAUUAAUUGAAGAAAUUGAAUUAUUAAAAACAGAAAUUUUACAUUUAAAAUCUAAUAAAGAAAUGAAAAAAUCAAAUAGUAACUAA